GACAUGAUGAACAAAAAAGCCUUCAUUUAUACUCUGGUGGCAAAGAUAGGCUGCCUUCUAUCUGGAACCGCGCUUUAUGCAAUGAGGUUUCCCGAGAGUUGGUGGCCUGGAGGAUUCGGCAUGUGCAGCUCCCACUUAUUCAUGCACAUCCUGGUGGUCUGCGCCGCUGUUAUCCAGAUGAUAGGGUAUCUGGAAGCCUUCGACUAUGCUUACUUAAAUAUUACCUGCUUGGCCUCUUGAGUUACUACCUUUGUAGAACCUCUCAUCACCGGGACGAGCGGAGACCUUCCAACUUAGGUAGC